CUAUAUGGCAAUAGACCUACACAUUUUAAACUCGUACGUGCAGUUUUAUUAUGAAAUCGCCGAACGCAACAUUUGUAGCCUUUUUGUUUUUAGAGACAGACGGGGAUGGUGUCGUCGUACGCAGGCCUGCAAAUGCUGCGGGUUCACCCAGUGACACAGGAAGUGGUUUAAACCUUUUGUAUUGUAUGUAGUGAUAAAACCACAGGUCUUCACCGGCUGAGAGUGAGCAGAGAGAUAAACAAAAUCGACACGCGGUGGAUGCAUCUCUUUAAAAUGCCCUUGAAACGAAUAAAAACAUGCUGUUUAUAAGAAUCUGCAGACUUCUUCCUCCUGUGCCAGUGUCACUGGCAAGACACGGAGUUAUCAUCCGUCGCAGUAUGGCCUCAGACCCGACGGCAACAGAGACGACCCGGUUCGACCUUUUGGUGAUCGGCGGCGGAUCCGGAGGUCUAGCUGGUGCUCGGAGGGCGUCGGAGCUCGGAGCAUCCACCGCCGUGAUCGAGAGUCACAAACUCGGAGGUACCUGCGUCAAUGUUGGCUGUGUCCCUAAGAAGGUUAUGUGGAAUGCAGCCGUUCAUGCUGAGUAUCUUCACGAUCACAGUGAUUACGGCUUUGACGUUGGAAAUGUUCGUUUCAGUUGGGAAGCUCUCAAGGCCAAAAGGGAUGCUUAUAUUAGUCACCUAAAUCGUAUUUAUCGCAACAAUCUUGACAAAGCUAAAGUCCAAACUAUUCUAGGUCAGGCCAGGUUUACCAAUGAUUCUGAGCCGACUGUGGAGGUAAAUGGAAAGAAAUAUACAGCACCUCAUAUCCUCAUCGCCACUGGAGGGCAGCCUACUGUUUUGAGUGAUGCUGAAGUUCCAGGGGGAAGUCUUGGCAUUACCAGUGAUGGCUUUUUUGAACUUGAAACUCUGCCAAAGCGCACUGUGAUUGUGGGUGCAGGUUAUAUUGCAGUGGAAAUGGCGGGCAUCCUUUCCACCCUGGGGUCCAAAACAUCCAUCGUUGUUCGACAGACUGGAGUUUUGAGGAACUUUGACAGCUUCAUAAGCACAAACUGCACUAAAGAACUGCAAAACUCUGGUGUGGAUAUGUGGAAGAAUUCUCAGGUGAAGUCUGUUUGUAAAACCGACAAGGGACUGGAGGUGACGAUUGUCACCCAAGACCCUGAGAAGAAGAACGACGAGGAGAAGAUCGGCACCAUCCAGGAAGUGGACUGCCUUCUCUGGGCCAUCGGCAGGCAGCCAAACACUUCUGGACUGAACAUCGGCCAGAUGGGUGUGGAUACAGAUGAAAGAGGCCAUAUCAUUGUGGAUGAGUUUCAGAACACCAGCAGACCAGGGAUCUACGCUGUAGGGGACGUUUGUGGCAAAGCUCUUCUCACACCUGUUGCCAUUGCUGCAGGCAGAAAGCUGGCACACAGACUGUUUGAGGGCAAGAAGGACUCCAAGUUGGACUACUCAAGUAUCCCCACAGUGGUGUUCAGCCACCCACCCAUCGCAACGGUGGGCCUCACAGAAGAGGAGGCCAUUAAAUCUAGAGGAAAGGAGAAUGUGAAGAUCUACAAGACUUCUUUCACUCCGAUGUACCACGCCAUCACGAGCAGGAAGAGUCAGUGCAUCAUGAAGCUGGUGUGUGAGGGCAAGGAGGAGAAGGUGGUGGGCCUGCACAUGCAGGGCCUGGGCUGUGAUGAGAUGCUGCAGGGCUUCGCUGUGGCCAUCAAAAUGGGUGCUACCAAAGCAGACUUUGACAAGACAGUUGCCAUUCACCCCACCUCAUCUGAGGAGUUUGUUACAAUGCGUUAAUGCAAACACAACCCACACCCCCUUGCUUCCCUAGACGACUUGCAACCCACACAAGCAUACCAGGACAGAGUCGCUCCUCUGUACCACUCUUGCAUCAGAUUGACGACUUGCUUUCUAAAACUGCAUACUUCCAUUUUCUCUCUCAUUUAAGUGACCUUAUUCGUGCACAGUGUUUCAUCUUCUCUAAUUUUUACCUAAAUGGACCAAGACCGAGUUAUGGCCUCCUUAAACUGUACUAUGGGUCUUGAAUAUUAAUCGAAUAUUCUGGAUUCCAUUUUAAUGAUUGUAAAGAUGGAGGGGAUGGAUCUGCAGGUAUUGAUGUCAAGUGAUUGCAUGGGAAAUCAAAAAGACUCUCCCCUAGUGUAUGUGUUUGAUUUGUCAGUUAUUUGUUAGAUGAAUAUAACAAACACUGCUGCUCCUUAAGGCACCUAUUUACUGCAAGAUCAUAAUAUAUCGACUGUACUGUUUUAAAGGUUCAAUAAACAUGCAUGAAUUUUUUUCUUAA